CAGCACAGCCAGCAGCCAGAGCAGCAGCGUCCCCCAGAUCCUCCGUACAGCCACUGCUGGGUCCGACUGUGUCCGGCUACAACGGCUGACGGGGGGGUUGUUUUGAUUAAAGUUGACGGAUUUUUUUUCUCCCCCCCAUGUUUUUAUUCCCGCAUUGUUGCGUUGAAAUCCAGGAUGUUUGAUGUGCUUUCUAAGUGUUCAACCGUCGGUUUUUCUUCACUUCCCCGAAGGAGAAACAAACUUGGGAAUAACCUAUCUUAAAAGCUGAGAGGAGCAACUUUUCCAACUGCCUUACUAAUCAACUGGUUGACCUAUGCUAAGCUAGCCCGCUAGCCAAUGCAGUUGAAAUUCCUAUUAAAAGUCCACAAACGAGCAAGCGAACUUUAUAUUUCGGGGUUCGGUGACUCGAUGAGAUUUACUGGCGACUCUCAAAGACAACCCUGUCCCUCGGAGCCUCACUUUAUUUGGUCGGAGUGGACGGUGCAGGUGCACCUCUUGCGGCACCUGCGAAAACUUGGUAAUUUAGCUCCAUGGGUAGAGAGCUAACUUUAGCUUGUUCACGUUAGCAUUAAGCAGAGACAAAGUUGUGGACCAACGUUAAUGUUUCUCUCGUAGCUGAGAUUAUGUGCGCUUUAAGACGUCUAUUGUUAAUAUACAACUUUAUGUAUAACAGUCAGCCAAUAUAGUGGUGGAAUUAGCUAAAAACUAUUUGGCUAACCUUAGCCAGCAACCUCGCUGGCUAGUUAUUGACCCUCAUACAGUUUUACCGGAGUGGCGACGUGGAUAACGUUACGGGGUUAUAGACGCUGUCUGUCCCACAGGACUUUGGACACGGUCGACCCUGCCGUGGGCUGUGCGGGGCAUUACCCUCUGUUCUCAUCAGCUAGUCCCGUAGAUGUGACAGCAUGAGGAUUUCAAAAGGUUACCUUUUACGGUUUUAAAUUUUUCAUUUUGUUCUAAAAGCUCUGCACCAUAUGGUGCCGCUACGGCCACCGAGAAAUGGAUGUCUCGCAGGCCGCUUUCCCAAACGGUGAAGGGCGGCCGGGCGGCGGUGGGACCGGGGAACAUGCCUGGACAGAUUCCCCCACAGUUCGGGCGUGGGCUCACUCUGCCCCGCUGUGCCCGACUCGGUCCCUGUGGACAGCCGCGUAUGACUACGAGGCAAGCGGUGAGGACGAGCUCAGCCUCAGGCGAGGGGACGUGGUGGAGGUCCUGUCCAAGGACGCAGCGAUCUCCGGGGACGAGGGAUGGUGGACGGGUAAAAUCAACCACCGAGUCGGGAUAUUCCCCUCCAACUAUGUCACCUACCAGCCCGCUAUUUACCGUCUCCCCGCUACAAGUGGGUCGGUGGGGGUACCAGAGGGAGUCCCGAGCUCGCCCGUCCCGAUUCCCUUCAGUGAACUGGUACUAGAGGAGAUCAUAGGCGUGGGUGGAUUUGGCAAAGUUUACCGGGGCACAUGGAACGAUCAGGAGGUCGCCGUGAAGGCGGCUCGGCAAGACCCAGACGAGGACAUAACAGCCACCGCCGACAGUGUUAAACAAGAAGCAAAACUUUUCUCCAUGCUGCAGCACCCCAAUAUUAUUAAACUAGAAGGAGUGUGUUUGGAGGAGCCCAACCUGUGCCUAGUCAUGGAGUAUGCCCGAGGCGGGACACUGAACCGGGUGUUGACCGGAAGGCGCAUCCCUCCGCACAUCCUGGUCAACUGGGCCGUGCAGAUUGCACGUGGGAUGCUCUACCUACACGAGGAGGCCGUGGUACCCAUCAUCCACCGUGACCUGAAGUCUAGCAACAUUUUAUUACUUGAAAAGAUUGAGAAUGACGACAUCGGGAGGAAGACCUUGAAGAUCACAGAUUUUGGCCUGGCCAGGGAGUGGCACAAAACCACAAAAAUGUCAGCUGCAGGCACCUACUCCUGGAUGGCCCCUGAGGUCAUCAAGUCAUCUCUUUUCUCCAAAGGCAGUGACGUAUGGGGCUACGGUGUCUUGCUGUGGGAGCUGUUAACCGGGGAGGUGCCAUAUCGUGGGAUAGACGGCCUAGCUGUUGCUUACGGUGUGGCAGUCAAUAAGUUAACUCUACCAAUCCCCUCCACCUGCCCUGAACCUUUCGCCAAGCUCAUGGAAGAGUGCUGGGACCAGGACCCCCAUGUGCGUCCCUCCUUCUCUUGCAUCCUGGAGCAGCUGUCGGCCAUCGAGGAGGCGGUGAUGGCCACAAUGCCCCAGGACUCCUUCCACAGCAUGCAGGACGACUGGCGUGUGGAGAUCCAGGAGAUGUUUGAUGAGCUCAGGACCAAAGAGAAGGAGCUACGUUCCAGAGAAGAGGAGCUGACGCGGGCCGCCCUCCAGCAGAAGUCUCAGGAGGAGCUGCUGAAGCGUCGGGAGCAGCAGCUGGCAGAGCGGGAGAUCAACGUGCUGGAGAGAGAGCUCAACAUCCUCAUUUUCCAGCUCAACAAAGACAAGCCCAAUGUAAAGAAGAGGAAAGGCAAAUUCAAACGUUCUCGCCUUAAACUGAAGGAUGGAAACCGCAUCAGCCUGCCCUCAGACUUCCAGCAUAAGAUCACCGUGCAAGCGUCUCCUUCCAUGGACAAGAGGCGAAGCCUUCAUAGCACCAGCUCCUCUCCUCCCAGCAGUCCCACACUCAUCCCCCGGCUACGAGCUAUUCAGCUGACGUCCCAUAUGCAGAGGGACAGUUUGCAUGUUUACCAACAGAAAGUUGAUCUGACCAGCGAGCUCACAGCCUACUGUGGGCUCAGGAGGAAAGUUACUCAAGAUGAGAGCAACCGCACAUGGGGCCGCAGCACCCUCUUCAGGCCAGAGGAGUUUGAUGAUGUGAAGAAGGGAAUCAAGAAGAAAGGAAGAACCUGGGGCCCCAGUUCAGUACAGAGCAAAGAAAGGCCUGCUGCUGCUGAGAGAGUGCGACCUCUGUCAGACGGCAGUAACCCCUGGUCCACCAGCCUGGUCAAGUCCCAGAAGUCUGUCCCCCUCGCUGCCCUGUUUGCUGAACAAGCGGGGUCCGGUAAAGACGAGGCAUUCUCCCAGGAAUGUCCUGACAGCAGCUCCAAGCCAAAGCAGCUCAAGUUCCCCAACCAGGUGUACAUCGAUCUACCUCUGUGGAGGGACGAGCAGCAGCCUCAGUGCCCCGGCGGGCAUUGUGGGCUGGGAGAUGCUGGGGUCGGGGCAGCAGGUCAGGGUGGCCAACCAGAGACCCCAGACGACCCCUACACCACCACAUCCACCUCGUCCACCUCCACCACCCCACAGCUCACCCCCACCAACAGCCUGAAGCGGACGUCAGUGCGCCGCAAGACUGACUCCGUGCUGUAUGGCUGCGGCUCGUUGCUGGCUUCAGUCGUGCUCGGUUAUGACAUUAGGGAGGCUCUCAAAAACUCAGCCCCUGGGGAAGAUUGUGAGCCCCAGCGUGAGGAGAAAGAGAAGAAGAAGAAGGAGGGCCUGUUUCAGCGUGCCACCCGCUUCCGCCGCAGCACCUCACCACCACCAAGUGGUCGCUCCCGCAAAGACGAGGCAUCAUCAAACCACACCUCCACCCAACCUGUCAAUCUCAUCUCCAUGUCAGCCAUUAUUGAAUGCAACUCCACCAAGUGUCUCUUACAGUCUGAGGCAGAGGUGUCAGAGUCUAGACCUGGGAAGGUUGAGCUUGUGGCUGUCAAUCAUCACACAGAGCCAUCCAGACCCGGCCCACCAGCAUCUACAGAAGACCAGAGUAACAGGACUGCAGCUAACACACAGACACCAGUGCAAACCCAAAGCCAGCCACUAGAGAAGAGCAACCACAACACAGGAACACGUCUACGCAGAAAGAAAUACACCACCAACCACAAUACCAGUGGCCCACCCACUCUGCCGCCUCCAGCCACACAGAAGAAGCAGGAGAAAUACAAGGAUGGAGCUUCAGAGAAGCCCUCUGGUGGGGAGGCCUUCUCCAGACCACGGCCAGUGUCAUUCCGGGCCAAACCCCACGCCUGGGCCCUGCUGCGAGGACGCAACAAGAGCUACUCCCUGGGGCACUACUCCGGAGAGAAGGCGGCACAAAGCCUAAACGUGGUGCUGUCUUCAGAGGUGGGGAUGGGCUGCUCCCUGCUGGACAUGGACACAGAGGGCCAGAAACGAGACUGUACUGUGCCGCUCUGCCGCAUUCAGAGUUCCCCAGGACGGGCCUCUGUCUUUGAGCUGGAGAAAGAGUUCCUCUCUUAGGAGCCUUAAAAAGUGAUCUGCUGUGGUCAUAGUUCAUCCUAUACAAUCUAGAGUGUUCCAGAACAUACAGACAGAAUUAUUGGCCUAAAACUCCUGGAGGGUUUAGAACCAGGCUGCCUUUUAUUUUUUAUUUUUUUUAAAGUUCUAUAACAUAGAACCCAGCUUUGUCUUAGUUCUAGAACAUAGUGAUGUCAGUGUUCUAGAGCAUAACCAAGUCUGAGACUUCUAGAAGACAUCUGUGUCACAGGAGUUCUAGAAUGUGCACCCUCAUCUCAGAUUGAGAACGGUCUUUCUAUGUGUGAGGCCUUACACACUGCCUUGUCUCAUUCUAGAACACACAUAUACACACACACAUAGUUCUGAAACCUGAGCAGAACAUUCCAGAGCUGGAACCAGUAGCUCCUCCUCUGAUCCCUCGGUGCUCCACUGCCACCUUUGUUCAUCUCUCUCCCUUCGUUACCCUCUUUCUUUCUCGUUCUGUCGGUGCAGCUAAACGUUGACCGCUGCUGCAGCUUUCGCAACACAAUACCCUCACCUUUUUAUUUAUAUAUAUAUUUUUAUAGGUAAUUUAAUAUGAAGAGACUUGACCUUACCUUAGCAACCAGCAGGACAUACAUUCCAUGUCAGUUUCAAAGUUGUGCGAUCACGCUUUUAGAUUUUUUUGACUUGAGAAUCAUGCAUGUACCCUUAAAAUGUUGAACAAAAAAAAUCAUUAUGCCUUGUUUGUAAAUAUUUCUUUUUAUUCAUUAUCAGCCUAAUGCUGGUAGUUGUUUUGUAUUGCAUAUAUGCUGUUUUUAUGUUUUAAAAGUCAGCGAUGCUGCAGUACAGUUUGUGUUCUAGGGACAGGUUACAUACUGAAUUGUAGCAUGGAUGCAACUAUGUUUCCUCCCAGAACGCCCUGAAGAUUUUAGAAAUGCAGGUAGAAAAACACUGGAAGUUCUACAAAGCAAACGUGGAAUCUUUUCACUGAAAAGUUGGAUUCAAUUUUAAAUGACCGCUGUGAUCUUGUGUUGCUAAUGUGGAUUUUUCUAAGACUAUUUAUAGAAAAGUUUUUUGUUAAUAUUUCCUAUACUCCUCACACUGCAUCAGAUAGGGGAACACUUCAGCCACGAAUGUUCAUGUCAGGAAAACCUGCCCCAAAUUUAUACAUUUAUAAUCAAAUCCCCCCUGAUGACAGCUGAUUGGCUGGAACUGUAAUGACACAGCAUAAUUUCAGAUUUAAGUCGUGGAAGGAUUACUACACAGCCUGGGAGUGGCCACACAGGAGAAUUUUUAUUUUAAGAAACUGAUCAGUGCACAAAGUGGUGAUCCUUGUACUGUAACCCAGACAGACCCUGUGCCUUCAAGUACUAAAGUUUCUCAUGUCUAAUUCAAGUCGUCAUUUUUGUAUUACCAUGUGCACACAAUUUUAUAAUUUAUGCAAACAAAAGGAUUUAUUCUUCUUUAUUUUUAAAGCUCAACUUUGACUGUAUGUAACAUUAAGCAAACGGUUUCCCCAUGUAGCCAAAUUUCCAUCUCAUCAAGCUCAGGAAGGUCGGGAGACAUUUGAGGACAGAAUGUGGUUAAAGAGAGUGAAGACAGUUUACCUUUCAUUAUUAUACUGUAAACGUACAGCCAGUUGACUGGCUUCCUCAGGAUUAACAAAGGGUUAAUUUUCCUGAUUUGUUUAACACGUUUUUCUCCUGACCUCAGUGAACUUGACAGUAUGGAGGUCUGACUGUGUAGGAUAUAUACUGUACCUAGUCUCAUGGUCACUCCCGGGCCCUCUCCCUAAAAAUUGAACAAAUCAACUUAACAUCCAUUCUUAAUUAUUGAAUAAUGAUUAUAUUCCAGCAACUUUUCAUCGCUGUCUUACUUCAGUCUGUUUUUGAGAAGCUCAUUAGAAAAUGUGUCCCACUGUUGAAGGACAAAACAAGGGCUCAUUCACAGUAAGAGUUCCCAAAUGGUGUAAAUAUACUUGUGAUUCCUGAUGUGUAUAUCACUGAGGCAUCUUAUGAUGAUUUAGAAUGUGAAGUAUCCCAUGUUCUGUAUUUUAUGACCACUGACUGUCAAACCAACACUGUAAAGGCCUUACUAAUCAUCAAGCUGUUAAAGGUGCAACCCCAUUUGUUAUGAAUUAAGGGUUAUCUGUAAAUACCAUAAUGCACUGUUACUGUACAUUCCCCUCAAAAUAUUGUAUUUGAGUUUGAAGCUGAAGUCUGCAGUUUGUCAUCCAAUCACAAAACUGUGAUUGCUGGUGGUUAACAAAAGGUUUUGUCUAUUAAGGUUAAUGAUGACUCGACAUACCCAAAUAAACAUUCCACUAUAUUUGGCAAACUGCAGCAAGAAUAUUUGUGAUACUACUUAUCAAUAUGGUGCAUUCAGGCUUCUGGCUAUGGGACCAAAUUCAACUCUACCAGCACUAAGGCCUCUCUGUCUUCAGGACCAAAACCACUAAAUGAACUAGCUGCUAGUGAGGAGUUCUUGCAAAGACUACUCCAUACGAAAACUUCACAAACAACCUCAGAGGCGCAGUGCAGCCCAUCCCCUUCUGAUCAAAUAACAAGAUUUCCUGUUGAAUGCAACACUUCCUUUGAAUGUGUCAGAUUUAGCUUUGAGUACAUCUGUUUCAGUGAACGGUUUUUGUUAUCAUUACAGUAUUGCUUAUUUCACGCCUGAUUGAUCAAGAGUAUCAAGUUUAUCAACAUUUUGAAUAAAGUCUAAAUCAAGACUAA